AUGGCCUUCCAUCAAGCCAUCUGUAGCGGAUAUUGGAGUGUCGCUCUGUUUCUGCUCGACCAUGGUGCAGAUCCCAUGGUUUCGAAGCGUUUCAAGUACAACAACAGUUUGCUGCAUAUCAUCUUGAAACAUUCUGACCGCGACGACGUAAAGAGCGAACUAAUCGAGAGGCUCAUCGAGAGAGGCAUUGAAGUCGAUACUUACACUGAUUCGCCUGUUUUCGAUCCCCGGUUCAAUGAGGACGACAAAAUCGAAAAAGCCAUAGGUAUACGAUCCCCAGAUAUUCUUGUCGGCACAGAUUGUACUCCGCUCUUGUUGGCAGCAAUGCGCGAGUACAGCCUCAAUAACAUGAAGAUACUCCUUGAUGCGGGAGCAGACCCGAGUGCGCACGUCAUCAUCAGAGAUGUAGAAUUCGAGGGCAAGACGAAUGGUAAUCGUCAAGCGUUUCUGUCAGGAGUGUUCCGGCAUAUCUGGGAGCCUUUUAGCCCAGGCGACAGCGAAAUUUUAGAACAUGCAGAGCCCAUCGAAUUGUUGCUAGACUUUGGGUCACGGCUAGACUUUGAUGGUCCAGCGGAUAGUCCACUUCAGGAGGCCUGUAAAGCAGCAGAAAAAGGACAUUUUGCUUUGUUGAAGAUUUUGCUGGAAAGCUCAAAGGCAAGGAUUGUCAGCGAAAGCCAUGUUGAUAAGUUGAUCUCUGCUUAUAAGGACAAGCCGGAGUACAGUCAAAUUUGCCAGAUGCUGGAAUCUUUUAAGCAAAAGGUAUUAUUCAUCGAUUAA